AUGCCUGCUAUCUCGGCCCCCGCGAAGAUCCUCGUCACUGGUGCUUCAGGGUAUGUAGGUGCAUGGGUUGUGAAGGUCCUUGUGGAUCGAGGUUAUUCAGUACUGGCAACUACGCGCUAUAAAGAGGAGGGCGAGUUUUUGGUUAGACGAUUCCCUUCGUACAAGGGAAAAGUUGAAUACACCAUCAUACCCGACAUCCAGAAGGCAGGGGCAUUCGAUGAGGCCGUCCGUCACGUCGAGGGUAUCGUACAUUGUGCUACUCCGGUUCGGUUCACAUUCAAAGAUCACAAGGAGAUCUUGGGUCCGGCCAUAAGAGGCACUAUCGGGUUGCUGGAGAGCGCCUCCAAAUACGGUGCUAACAUUAGGCGCAUCAUCUUUUCCUCAACUGCCAUGGCCGUAUAUUCUGGCGGCGCAAUUCCUCCUGUUGUUUUUGAUGAGAGGAUAUACAAUGAAUACGUCGCCGCUCACGUCCGCGAGAAUGGAAGGAGAUCCAACCCAUACGCAGUAUACGUGGCCAGUAAGCUUCUCGCUGAGCAGGCUGCGUGGAAGUGGAUGGAAGAGAAAAGACCUAGUUUCGACUUCGUCUCCGCUUUGUCCACUUGGAAUUGGGGGCCUUUCAUUAACAAUAUACCCAGUGCCGAUCAUUUGUCAUCAUCUUUGCAAAUCCUCUAUGAUGUACUGGCUACUGGCGAUGACAGUGGCGAGCUCGUCGGAGAUUUCGUGGACGUUCGAGACUCUGCACUCCUCCACGUUCUUUCCCUCGAAACUCAAGCCGCUGGUGGCGAACGCGUCAUUUUCACCUCUGAAUCCUUCUCGUGGCAAGAAAUGCUCGAUGCCAUGCACGAUGCCGGUGUUCCACACAUUCCCAAUAAAGGCACUUAUGGUCAAUAUUAUAAAGAUGACAUCCGAUAUUCCAACUCCAAGUCCCUCCGCCUCUUCCCUGGCUUUCGAUAUCGCAACCUGAAGGAAUCGGCGCAAGACACAGGUCGUGCCUUCAAUGCUGCCUCGUUCUUAUAA